GCAGCAAUGGUGUGUGGUGGGUGACAUGGUGACUCGGGCACGCGAGUCCCUGGAACAACUGCUGAGUCGUUGGGAAGAACACCACGUCCAGGUGGAGAAGUUGCAGCAGUGGAUGUCGGAGAAGGAUGCUGAGCUGCAGGGAUUGCUGCUCUGCGACACGCUUGAGGCCAAGAGAAGCCGCCUGGAAAAGCUGCAGGAGACGUUGCGGGAGUUGCGAGCGAAGGAACUUGAAGUGGAUUCCCUGACUGAGAGAGCACAGCAGCUUCACGGAGGCCACAGCACGCGUCGAAGCAGCCGUCUGGCCGACCUGGCUCUCCGUUACCAGCAGCUUCUAGUUGCCCUGACGGAGGCAGUCACAAAGUGGACUCAGUACGUCAGCAACCACCAGACCCUGGACAAGCAGGUGGCCGAUGCCCAGCAGCAGAUCAAGCAGGCCAAUGAGAAGCUUGACCAGUGUGAACUGGCCGAUGGCUCGCUGAGUCAGCUAGAAAGCAAGUUGGCCAUCAUCCAGGAGGUGUCCCAUAACAAGGACUCGCUGGUGUCUCUGGUGCAAUCCGCCACCGAGCAGUGCCAGACGGUGCUGGGCGAGACGGCACCCGUGGGUCACGGACCCCUGAGCCGAACCCUGCAGAGCCUCACCGAGGCCAAGCUGGCCCUGCUGCAGCGACUGUCCGCUCUGAGGGCCACCCUGGACCAUGCCCGACAGCUCUGGGGAGGCCUGAGCACGCUCACCAAGCAGGUGCUGUCUGCCGUUGAGGGCAUAGAAGCCUCCUUGGAAGAUGCGGGCAAGCUUCAGGAGACCCUGGCCGAAAAGAAGGCACACGCUGAGCGAUCAAAGGUCUUGGAGCAACGCCUUCUUCAGGAGCAAGCACAAGUUGACAACUUGAAGUCACGAGCCACCGAACUGGCCAAGAGUCACCCGGGCAACGAGCAUUCCGAGCCCGCCUUCGAAGCCGUGGAGCGGUUCAAGGAUGCGUGCAAGCGUGCAGAGAAACUUGUUGAGACCACAGAAAAAGCGUACAGGAGUCACCUAGACUUCAAGAACGCCUGCGACGACCUGGUGUCCUGGCUGCGUCAGCUGAGAGAGAAGGUCCCGCCAUUCACCCGCUCACUGAGCGACCGACUCAGCCUCGAGUCGAGCAUUUCGGUCUUGGAGGACCUCCUUGCCAAGCGUGCCGAAGGAAACUUGAAGCUUGACGCAGUAGUCGCUGCUGCCGAGGCGACAAAGGCUUCCACGUCAGAGCCUGGCAUUGCUCUCUUGGACAACCAAGUCUCUGCUCUCAAAGGAGACCUCACAAGCCUCUUUGAUGAGAUUUCAACCACAAAGGAAAAGCUGGGCACCACAUGCGCUCAGCUGCGGGAGUUCCGCGAAGAGUACGAGCACAUGAGUGAGUGGCUACAGCUGAUGGAAGACGACAUCAAGAACCAGCGGACACUGCUGUGGCCCACGCUGGAGGAGAAGAAGAAGGCCUUUGAGACAGCACAGGGUCUGGUGGAAGAGCUUGAGAAGGGUCACGAGACCCUGGACAGGGUGACCUUACUCGCCCAAGGCCUGCUGACCUCGCACCUGGACACCUACAUCCGCAACCAACUCACGCUGGUCAGCUCACGAUACCAAGUCACUCUCAACUUGGCCAAGGAUCUCCUCGGAAGGGCACGCGAUGUCUACAACCAGCACGAGCAGUAUCGCACGGCCGUGACAGCCGCUCGGGAAUGGAUGGACACCAUGGCUGCUUCCUUGGCCGAGUGUUCUGUCCCGACCACUGGCAAGAGCGAUGUGGAAGCACAGCUUGCCAAAGUGCAGGGUAUGGUGAGGAAACAAGACGAAGGUAAUGCCCUGGUGCAUGCCGCUCUCACAGCUGGCGAGAAGACCCUUAGGGGCACGCACACAUCCGGCAAGGCCCCACUCAACCAGGAGAUGCAGGAGCUCCAGAAGCAGUGGGAUCGCCUCGUGCUCAAACUCUCCGAUGCCAAG